AUGGCUGCAAACUUGAAUGUUAAUCCAAAUUUGAUAAAAUUGCACUCUUUGUUCAACAAAAAUAGAAAGCCCGGCCUAAAGGAGAGACGUGAGGCACGCUUAAGAAAUUCAAUCGCAUCUAAUUCACAAAAACUAGCUAAAUCUACUGCUAUUUUAACAACUACAGACUCUGGAUCUUUUGAUACUGGCGGUAAUACCAUAUACCACGAUAAACUAUCCGGCUCAUUAACUAAGGGCAUAAUUGAUAGGUUAUUUCACCUUAAGCUUGGUUAUGGGCCUUACCGGGUCAAGUACUCCCUCAAUGGCCGUCACUUGCUACUCUCGGGUAGAAAGGGAACCAUAUCGUUGUUGGACACUCACACUUUACAUCUAUUUUGCGAUGUUAAUUUGCAACAGAUUAUAUAUGAUAUUACAUUUUUCCAUAACCAUACACUUUUUGCAGCAUCUCAAUCUAAAUAUAUCCACAUUUACGAUAACUGUUGUACAGAAAUUCAUUGCAUCCGAGACACCAUGUUAUCCUAUAGAUUGGAGUUUUUACCGUUCCACAUGCUGCUUACAUCGAUAGGUGAAUUUGGAGAACUAACGUAUCAAGAUAUUUCAACGGGGAAAGUGGUAUGCAGACACAGAACAAAAAAAGGAACUUGCGAUGUUAUGUGUUCUAAUGAUAAAAAUGCCGUAAUAAAUCUUGGGCAUAGGAAUGGAGUAGUUAGCUUAUGGACUCCAAACGUUGGAAAGCCAGUAAUUGAAUAUGUUGGCCACAGGGGUCCGGUUACGGCAAUAGACACUUAUGACGAACAUUAUAUAAUUUCCAGUGGUAUGGAUGGGCUAUGGAAAAUUUGGGAUUUGAGAAAAAAUGAUCAAGUAUUCGCCCGACCUGUAAUAAGUUCAGUAGCACCAAAAUCUCUCUGUAUUAGUCAAAAAGGGGUAAUUGCAUUGUCUGUCGGCCCCCGAAUUGAAUUCUACAAAAAUGUCUUUGACAAAUUUUCACCGGUACAUCCAUUCCUAAAAAUUGUGGAAGAUGGUGACAGUAUUGAAAACAUAGCAUUUCAGCCCUUUGAAGACAUUUUAUGCUAUGGAUCAAAAUACGUCGUUAGAACAAUAGUCGUCCCUGGUUCUGGCGAGGCUGAUAUUGAUACGUUUGAUGCGAAUCCAUACCAAACUAAGAAACAACAAAGGGAACACGAGGUGCAUCAGUUACUUGAAAAAUUGCCAGCAGAUACAAUAUCAUUGAAUACCAACAUCAUAGGUACCGUUGUAGAUCAUUUACCUAAUGUUUCCCUUAAUAAUGCGGUACAAACUGAUUUAAUAGACCCCAAACCCGAUGCUAUUGGUAAAAAAAUGAAAUCAAAUAACCGCAAACGCACCGCAAGUAAGCUAAAGUCAAAAGCAUACAACAAGACAUUCGCCAGACGUAAAGAGGCCAUGGAGAAAAAGCUUCAUGAGAUAAUGACUAAGAAACCAGUUGAACUAAAGGAGUUACAAAACGAAGUUAUGGCGAAGCAUAUUUUUGGCGACACCUACGAUAAUAUAACGAAGGGUAGCGUUAAAGGAGCUGCACUUUCUAGAUACUAUAAGAAGAAGUGA